AGCGCGUACACAGCUGCAGUGAGAGCGAAGUAAUUAAACCGCGUCGGCGUUAAGGCCGAGUCGUCGUCAGAUCGGAAAUAAUACUACCUUCAAUACGGCAAAUAACAAUCUUAUCUCAACAACAUAAAUAACAAUAAAUGACACUCGAAGUCGGCUGCCAGUGCGGGGCGAGCUGCGGCACCGGCCACAACAACAGCUGAGAGAGUUGAUAUCUGUGGCACGUAAGAUCGUAAACCUGACCAGUCACAGCAUCUUUUUCCUUUCUUUUUUUGUUUUACCUGCUAAUUUUCAUAGGCGCUCUAAUUACAAGCAGAUUUCGCUCGAACUGCCGCCUCGCCCGCUCGCCCUGACAAGCAUUUACCUGCAGCAUUUGUAGUUUUUCAUAUUGUUUACCGUUUGCUCACUUUUCUAGCGGCGCUUUUGUAUCUCUUAUCAGUAUCUGAUGCUCGCUCUCUCCGUCUCCCUCUCGCUCGUUCUCUCGUGCUAUUUGCUGUCUUCUUAUCUUAAAGAACAAUUCGAAUUCGCGGCUGUAACUCAACGUCCGCCUGCCAGACGCAUUUUGAGCUCGAACUCUGCCAGUUGUGUUGUCGUCGUCGGCAGCGAACUGUGAAUACGUAUCGAAUAUACUCGUAUUCGCACUCAUACUUGGAAGUAACACCCAUACACCCGCCCCUCCCUCAGACUCAGCCGGCAGAAAGCAAAUAUUUGGACAGAGUUUGCAGCAAUUGCAGCAGUCGGCAACUGUUUAAAAGUUGAGAUACCGAAAUGGUUCAGCAAUAUUCGGCGUGGAAGGUGCUAACACGCCGCAAACAUCUUACGGCCGAUGGCAGCGAGGGUGAGACCAAACUGAAUCGCGUCCUGGGCUUGUGGGAUCUGACGGCGUUGGGCGUGGGCUCUACAUUGGGCGCGGGCGUUUAUGUGCUGGCAGGCCAAAUAGCCAAGGAUCAGGCGGGUCCCUCGGUAAUGAUAUCCUUUGCCAUAGCAGCGCUGGCCUCGCUCCUGGCAGGUAUUUGCUAUGCGGAAUUCGGUGCUCGCGUGCCCAAGGCGGGUUCCGCCUAUGUCUACAGCUAUGUGUGCAUUGGUGAGUUCGUGGCCUUUGUGAUUGGCUGGAAUCUGAUAUUGGAGUAUGUGAUUGGUACGGCCAGCGUUUGUCGCGGCAUAAGUCUCUAUUUGGACACGCUGCUUAAUGACACGCUGAAGGAAACCUUUGCCGAGGUGGCGCCCAUGCAUGUCAGCUUUCUGGGCAGCUACUUUGAUUUCCUCGCCUUUGGCUUGGUUGUGGUCUUUGGCGUUGCCUUGGCCUUUGGCGUGGAGACCUCUGCCAUGGCCAACAAUUUUGUCACAUGUGUUAAUAUUUUCAUUUUGGGCUUUGUCAUCAUAGCUGGCGCUAUUAAAGCUGAUUUCAGCAACUGGACUGUGGAUGCAUCUACGAGUGUUGCGAACGGCACCGACAUAGGAAAUGGCGGUUUCUUUCCCUUUGGCUUCGAGGGCACCUUAAAGGGCGCCGCCACUUGCUUCUUCGGCUUUGUGGGCUUCGAUUGCAUUGCCACCACGGGCGAGGAGGUGCGGCAUCCACGCAAGAAUAUACCACGCUCCAUUCUGCUAUCGCUGCUCAUCAUAUUCCUGUGCUACUUUGGCGUAUCCACCGUGCUGACGCUAAUGUUGCCGUAUUAUGCGCAGGAUAUCAAUGCCCCGCUGCCCUACGCCUUUGAGUAUGUGGGCUGGCCGGUGGCCAUGUGGAUUGUUACCAUUGGCGGACUGGUGGGCCUGCUGGCCAGUCUAUUUGGCGCAUUGUUUCCACUGCCCAGGGUCAUGUAUUCCAUGGCACAGGAUGGUCUGCUGUUUCGCUUUCUGGGCAGGAUCAGUCCACGUUUUCAGGUGCCAGUAACGGGCUCCAUUGUGGCAGCUCUAUUUACGGCUCUCUUUGCGGGUCUAUUCGAUCUGGCACAGCUGGUUAGCCUGCUAUCUAUUGGCACUCUGCUGGCCUAUAGCGUGGUUGCCGUUUCCAUAACCAUUCUACGUUACAUGGAAUACAGCGAAGACGUGGGGCAGUCAUCUCCAGCUAUCUCCGAGGCGACCUCGCUGACGACGCGAAAUGUACGCUUCACCUGGAGCUCCAUGUGCACACAGCUCUUUAAUGUGCAUCGCGUGGCGGAGCCCAAUCAGAUCUCCACGAGAAUUGUGGGCGUGCUGACAACUCUGUUUUGUCUGCUCUCCUUAGGUCUUGGAGUGCUACUAAUGCAGGCCUAUCCCGCCAUCAGCUCCGAGCGGCCCUGGGCCUUGACCCUGCUGAUUAUAUUCAUUGUGCUGAUUGCCGUGGUGCUGUUUCUUACCUGUUUACAGCCACGUGAGGCACGGAGUCGCCUGUUCCGGGUGCCCUUUGUGCCGGUGGUGCCGGCGAUUAGCAUCUUUAUUAAUAUCUAUCUCAUGCUGCAGCUGGAUAGCUGGACUUGGAUACGCUUUGGUGUCUGGAUGAUUGUGGGUAUACCCAUAUACAUUGCAUGCUGGUGUCUCUAUGACAUCAAAGAUCCAAAAAAACGUAAUCCCGAACGUGUUGCGUUCUACCAAGCAUUAAAAAUGCCCAAGGAACUACCCUUGGUCGGUAGCAAUGGCAAUGGCUACCUAUCCAAGCAGAGCACACUUACGAAUGAAACGCAAAUUGUGAGGAAUUCCAGCAGCUUGGAUCAAAUACAGAAUAUGAGCGAGGUUUUUGAGGACUUGAAGGAGCACAAAAAUGCCAAUGGCAAGAUUUUUUAUGUGGAGGAUACAAAGAGCGUACAUUCCAGGACUACGCUGAGCGCCAACGAAGCUGAGGACGAGCACUCUGUCAUAGCGAUGCUCGACGAUGUGCUAGAUGCGGAGGAUUCACAGCAGCAGCAGCUGGACCAACAGCAUAUAUUUGCGCGUAACUUUAGCAUCGAUUCGGAAAUGUAUCCCAGUGUGAUAGAGACCACCAUUGUGGCCACUGUGCACAGCAGCAGCAGCGAUGAUGAAGUUGCUAGUCAGCGAUCCUUGGAUCUGUACAGGCGCGAGGAGUGCAAACAGGCAGCCAGCGAAAUGCUGCAGGAGUUAUUCGACAGCGACGCCUUCUACGAGCAGCUACAGGCGGCGAGGAUAGGCUUAGAGACAGACAAGCAGCAGGCAGAAGAAGCACAGCUUACGCCAGCCCUGCUUAGAGCUCAACUCAAGCGAGUUCCUUCCGUUGGCUCAAUAGCCUCGCAGGCUUCGGUUGCCUCUGCCGUAGACGAUCCGUUGCAUUCGGAAAAGUUUAAGAAUCGACUAAGUCAUCUAAUAUUGAAUCCGAAUGCGAACAGAGCCAAGCGAAACGAAGAGCCGCCGCAUCUGGCGGCGACAGGAGACGAGAAAGAGAAGCCUGCAAGGCCGCAGCUAAAGCAAUCGAAAAGUGAAACCGAUGUCCGCCUGCUGCUGCUGAAGGCUAUCCGAGAACUAAAAACGGACAAUGAGGAGGCGAAUGCAACUGAAGCUGAUAAUAAUAAUGGCAACAGUAACCGCAAUGCUAAUGCCAAUGGUGAUGAGGAUGGUGCUGUGGCCACAGCGCCUGGAGCUGGCCACAUACCGCGCGCACCGAAAUUCGAUCCGGUUUUGUAUAGGACCAUAAACAGCAUUAGUUUGCACAAACAGCGACCCAGUUUGAGUCGAGAGCUCGUGGUGGAUGCCAAGAACAUGGAGAUAACUGCAGUCAAGCCUCCAGUUGACUCCACGCCCAUCGUAUCCGCAACCGCAUCAGAAGCAGAAGCAGGAGCAGAGUCAGAGCCGGUGCCAUUCAAAGCGAAAUUGGAGGCCAUAUUGCAACGAGGUCCCUCGCAUCGCCUCCAACAACGUCCGGGAGCGGAUGUGGUGAUGCGCCGUCGGCCGCAAUCGGUGUACGUCGAGGAAACGCCAAUUGAAUGAGCCAAGCCAAAGAUGAGGGUUGAAAUUCUCGAUUUUGUAGCAUACUGUAAAUGUAGCUACCGUUUCUGCUGCACACUCUAGUAAUCUGUAGUAAUCAAAUGUUGUAGUAGAUGUAGUUGCAUUUCCUGUUGCUAUAGAACGGUUAGCUAGUUACAUGAAGGCAAUACUAGAUGAUAAGUGCUUAGUUCUACAGCGGAAAACGCGUGCAAUUCGAUUGCAAAAUUCUGAAAUUGCGAAGUUAUUGGUCUGCGGCUGUGCCACAGGGCCAAUUAAUUGAAGCGGAAGGCACUCGAAAUCUGUUGAAUGCAGAGCAAGCAAUUGUAGAUACAUUACGCGAGGGCUAGUAAUAAAUAACUGGGUGCUUAGCUCAUGAAGAGUAUCCAAUAGAAAGAAAAUAUUUGUAUCAAUAAUUAGACUAAGUAAGCAUUUUAAACACUUGAACUUGAAACGCCUUUAAAUCGAUUAUUAAACCCUAUCGAGCAACGAAUAUGAGAGUUAGGAUUUAGUUUUUCCUAGAGAAAACUGGUUUUUAUUAUAAACCUUGUGAUAUUAACCAAAACAAUAAGGGAAGCAAAUGUUCCAAAGAAUAUUAGUGAAACGAGUGUCGAUACAACUUAUUCGCACAUAUUAUGAUAAAACACUCCCAGGGAUUAUUCCAAAUCAAGCAAUAAAAAGCAAUCUACAUAUAAUUAUUAUAAUAGAUCAAAAAUGUAGUCUAAAAGAAUGGUAUUAUAAACGUAAAUCUAUUGCAUGUGCAUGAUAGCUGCCAAGUAUUAUAAUUGUAAAAAUCUAAUCCGAUCAGUUCGAUUUUCAAUUACCCAGGUCUAUCCAUAUACUUUUUCUAUGGACUGCCCAAUAGCUAUAGAGAAAUGCGGAGACAACGCGCCGGCUGGCAGAAACUCAAAUAUUCUGAACACUUUUAAGACCCAACAACAACAUCAAAGAACCUGAGGGCAAAGAAUAGAACACAAUCGAAACAUGAUAAUUAAUACAUAGAUGUAUUAUGUAUUAUGUCCUAAGCCAAUUUGAUAAAUGUGAACAAUUUGUUGUUAUAAAUAAAGAUCUAGUUGUAAUUAAUAAAA